AAUAAAAAUCCAAUAAUAAUAUUAAUAAAAUAAAAUAAGGCAAAAAUCGUGUUCCACACUCCUCUCCUCCACAGCCCUCCAACGAGGAAAACCAAACAAACCCUUACACUGUGAGCCCCACAUGCUGCCAUGCAUAACCCCAAAAUCCCCCAAAAAGGACCAACGACUACAUUAUCACCGCUACCCACUUCCUCUCCUACUCCAGCUCUCCUUUUCAAUCAUUUCUCCACCCAGCUUUUCUGGUUUUUCUUCUUCUUUUUUCCAUCUUCAAUGGCUGAAAAACCUCCCCACAUAGCCAUUGUCCCGACCCCUGGCAUGGGUCACCUCAUCCCUCUCAUUGAACUAGCCAAACGCCUCGUCACCCACCAUGGAUUCACAGUCACUUUCAUCAUCGCCAACGAAAAUUCUUUUCUCAAAGCCCCAAAGGCCGUGCUCCAGAGCCUCCCUCCCAGCAUAGACUCCAUUUUUCUUCCUCCGGUUAGUUUUGACGACUUGCCGGCGGAUACGAAGAUCGAGACUAUGAUUUCUCUCACUGUGCUUCGGUCACUUUCCCAUCUCCGGAGCUCGCUGGAGUUGCUGGUUUCGAAGACUCGAGUGGUGGCGCUCGUCGUCGAUCUCUUCGGAACCGACGCGUUCGACGUCGCGGCGGAGUUCGGGGUGGCGCCGUACAUUUUCUUCACUUCGACGGCGAUGGCUCUCUCGCUGUUUCUGUUCCUGCCGAAGCUGGAUGAGAUGGUGGCGUGCGAAUUUCGGGACAUGAAUGAACCGGUGGCGAUUCCUGGUUGCGUGCAGGUCCACGGCUCGGAGCUGCUCGACCCAGUUCAGGAUAGGAGGAGCGACGCUUACAAGUGUGUUCUAAACCACACCAAGAGAUAUCGACUGGCUGAAGGGAUAAUGGUGAAUAGCUUCAUGGAGUUGGAGCCUGGACCGCUCAAGGCUCUGCAGACACUCGAACCGGGUAAACCGCCGGUCUACCCGGUCGGACCGCUGACAAGGAGGGAGCCGGAGGUGGGAUCCGGUGAGAACGAGUGUUUGAAGUGGCUGGACGACCAGCCACUUGGCUCCGUCCUAUUCGUCGCUUUUGGGAGCGGUGGGACCCUUCCCAGUGAGCAAUUAAAUGAGCUGGCCUUGGGCUUAGAGAUGAGUGAGCAAAGAUUUUUGUGGGUAGUGAGGAGCCCUAGUCGUGUGGCUGCUUCUCCAUUCUUCAGUGUCCAUUCUCAAGAUGACCCUUUCUCUUUCUUACCUCAAGGGUUUGUAGAUAGAACCAAAGGGCGGGGCCUCUUGGUGUCAUCCUGGGCACCACAGGCUCAAAUUCUUAGCCACGCAUCCACCGGAGGGUUCUUGUCACAUUGCGGGUGGAACUCCACUCUCGAGAGCGUUGCCUGCGGUGUCCCCAUGAUCGCUUGGCCGCUCUACGCCGAGCAAAAAAUGAACGCAAUAACAUUAACCAACGGCUUAAAAGUGGCAUUGAGGCCAAAAGUUAACGAAAAUGGUCUAAUCGAUCGUAAUGAAAUUGCCCAAAUUGUUAAGGGUCUGAUGGAAGAGGAAGAAGGAAAGGAUGUACGCAGUCGAAUGAAGGACCUUAAGGACGCCGCCGCAAAAGUUUUGAGCCCUGAUGGGUCUUCUACAAAGGCACUCGCAACCGUGGCUCAAAAAUGGAAGGCUCACAAAAAUUAUUAGAAAAUUUUUUUUUUUUCCUUGUGUAAUUCUAUUUAUAUGUCCUGAUUUUUUAGGUACCUAUACAUUAGGUUUUGUUUGUAUAUCUUCUUGCUGUUUUAAAUUAUAUGUAUAUUUUAUUGAAUUGUAGCAGGUGAGUUGAGU